AGCCCCGCCCACUACGGAAGGUGAAAGGGUCUCACGGCGGAGCCCGUUUGCGGGCUCCUUCUGCCAAACCUUACCAGUCGGCGGCCCGGAACAGGCCAUCAGAUGUAUUGAUAAGUUGUUCACUACGUUCACGAAGAGGUGUCUGUGAGUCAGCAGGGAUUCAAGAUUCUGCAUCGUCCUAAAUAAACCCGUAGGGUGACACCUGCUUUUGGAGCUGGCACUGUGAGAUCCACGGGGAACGGAGUCAACUAAGAUAACUUGGAAGUUUCCUGUGCACGGACCUGCAAUGUUCACAGUGAGCUUUUCUCCUUGCUUUUUAGGAUGGCUGCCCUUUUUCUAAAGAGGUUAACAUUACAAACUAUAAAAACGGAAAAUACUUGCAUUAGAAGAUGUUUGGGUAAAUACGUCGCACAAAAGACGGCACUGGCGGAGCCAUCCCACAUUGCCUCUGCCCCAAGACCAUCCUGCCUCAUUCACGCAAAAGCUUUUAGUACUGAAGACACCCAGGACAAGAGAGAAAAGAAAAAAAAGAAUGCAACAGCUUUUCGUAACGUUGGAAGAAAAAUUAACGAGCGCAUCAUUCAGGUGCUGGACGAGAAGGGCAACGACCUGGGCCCCAUGCACCGAGCGAACGUAAUCAGGCUCAUGGCCGAGCAGGACCUGCGGCUGGUGCCGAGGGACCCCGGGGCCGAGCCCCCACGGUACCAGCUCAUGACGGGCACGCAGAUCUACCAGGAGCGGCUCCGGCGCAGAGGGAUGGAGAGGGCCGAGCCCAAGCCUGGACCCACCCUGACAAAGGAACUGACUUUUUCUUCAAAUAUUGGACAACAUGAUUUGGACACAAAGAGUAAACAGAUUCAGCAGUGGAUCGAGAAAAAGUACAAAGUUCAAAUUACAAUAAAGAAAGGGAAGAAUACAGAAGAGCCAGAAAACAAAAUGGAGGAGAUAUGUAAUCAAAUACUCCAGACUAUGCCUGGAAUAGCUACCUUCUCAUCCAGGCCACAGCCCAUCAGAGGGGGAAAGGCUGUGAUGUGUGUGCUUCGUCCCUUGAGCCAAAAGGAAGAGAAUGCGUGCAGAUCAGCUCAGGGGACCCAGAGAGGAGACGCUCUGAACAGAGAAAAUGGAAACCACGGAGCAUCCAAUGCUCUGCACCAGUGAUUUUAAUAAAAACGUGCUUCUGAGAGAAAAUAACUGAGCUGGCUAGUCUGCGGUCCUUCAAACAAAGCAGUCUGGUGUGUAGCUGGGGCCAGCGUCGCCACGGCGGAGGGCACCUUGCCUUUAGUGCAGUUCAGAAGGCAGUUCAGUCUCCCCGUUUCUGGGCAAAGACACGCCCUGGUCCUGUGUCCUUUUAGGAGGGACGUACCCACUGAGCCGAGAGGCCAGGCUCCGUUUUUCACGAGACGGUCUCACCUUUGGGAAUAAGGAAGACAGAUUACAGGCAGGCCUCUAUAUCUGCGGGUCAACCAACAGCUGAUCAAAAAUAUUUUAGAAAAAGAAAAAGUCCAGAAAGUUCCAAAAAGCAAAUUUUGAAUUUACCGUGUGCCGACAACAAUUUACAUAGC